UUGCAGCUGCGCUCUAAACAGAUUGCAAAUGUACAAUACGAUACAGAAGUCCUUUUAUUUAUUUUUAUUAUUUUGUGAUUGCUUACCGCUUACGAUUAAUUCUGUAAUACUCAAAUGUUGUUGCUUCCAGAAGUUAAAUCAGGUUAAAUCAGUUCCUAACGUUUUUCGUUUCUGUCAUCAUUCGGAAAAAUAUCUGUUUCGUCGAAGCCGAUGCCAUGAGCCAAACGGAGGAUGAGGAGCCCAAUUCUUGGAUGGUUCGCGAUUGCGAAAUGUACCGCGACGAAUACCGAGAGUGCAAAUCGAUCCGAGGAAGGUUUCAUCAGUUGUUUACCACGGGAGAGACGUUCUCGUGCGAAGAGUGGAAAGAUGACUUCAAGGACUGCUUGCAGUGGUUCAAAAAGAUGGAUCAGGCCGCUCUGAAGAGGGUCGUGCAGCAUGAAAAAGCGCGAGUAGCGAAACGCACCCUGAAUGCUGUAAGCAACGAUGUAUGGGAGCAACGCUCGGAGGCGCCGGCUGAUUGGGCUUUGCCGCUGCCAAAUACCAUUAACAACCUCUUCAAAACCAGCCCUUUGGCUCGGAGUCGCGAAAAGGAAGAAAAAGAUAAAUCAUUAUGAAAGGACCGUACUAAGUCCAAAGGAGAAGACCAAACAUGCAAUGAGAUCUGUGAUAUGGGAGUGCGCAGACGAUCGCCGACAGGACGAGGAGGUACGCAGGAUCUUCGAAAUGAAGAAAAAUGCGAACACUGCUGGAGCUUGCUGUUCUUCGAAGUAUGUAUCCUUUAGUGCUUCUUUGAAACUCUUGGUGGUUGAAGUGAUUUAACGACCAUUUUGUGCCUUUUACAUCGUUUUUGGCGGUGUGUGGUGAUGAAUUUAUGUGUGUUUGCUAGUCGGUUGUAAAUGAGCGUGAUACGCAAUGUCUCAUAAGAAAUACGAUACACACAAGUAUCGCGCCCGAGGCGACUUUGCUUCAGUGCAUUGUACGUAGCUUU